GCCGCCGCCUCCCGAUUCAUGUUCGUGGCCCUCCUGGGACUGGGGCUGGGCCAGGUCGUCUGCAGCGUCGCCCUGUUCCUCUACUUCCGAGCGCAGAUGGAUCCCAAUAGAAUGUCAGAAGACGACACUCACUGCAUUAAUAGAAUUUUCAAACUCCAUGAAAACACAGAUUUGCAAGAUACAAGUCUGGAGAGUCAAGACACAAAAUUAAUACCUGAUUCGUGUAAGAGAAUUAAACAGGCCUUUCAAGCCGCUGUGGGAAAGGAAUUGCAGCAUAUUGUUAGAUCUCAACACAUCAGAGCAGAAAAACCUACAGUGGAAGGUUCAUGGUUAGAUCUGGCCAGGAGGAGCAAGCCUGAUACUCAACCUUAUGCUCAUCUCACUAUUAAUGCCACUGACAUCCCAUCAGGUUCCCACAAAGUGAGUCUGUCCUCCUGGUACCAUGACCGAGGUUGGGCCAAGAUCUCCAACAUGACUUUCAGCAAUGGAAAACUAAUAGUCAACCAAGAUGGCUUUUAUUACCUGUAUGCCAACAUUUGCUUUCGCCAUCAUGAAACUUCGGGAGACCUUGAUACGGAGUAUCUUCAGCUGAUGGUCUAUGUCACUAAAACCAGUAUCAAAAUCCCAAGUUCUCAUACCCUGAUGAAAGGAGGAAGCACCAAAUACUGGUCAGGGAAUUCUGAAUUCCAUUUUUACUCCAUAAAUGUUGGAGGAUUUUUUAAGUUACGGUCUGGAGAGGAAAUAAGCAUCGAAGUGUCCAACCCUUCACUAUUGGAUCCAGAUCAAGAUGCAACGUACUUUGGGGCUUUUAAAGUUCGGGAUAUAGAUUGACCCCAUUGUGUGGAGCAUAUUGUGUAUUUCCUAGGAUGCAUGGGAACUUAUCUUUUAAACAAGCCAAGAAAGAUGUACAUAGGUGUGUGAGACUACUAAGAGGUACGACCUACGUGGUAUAAGAAGACUCUAUCCAGCUUUGGACUCUGUAGAGAGCAUGUGUAUUUAUAGCCAAAGGAAGAUGUUAGACUCAAGGUGUGUUACAGUCUGAAGGCUUUCUUACACAAUGGUUUUAAAUUUUGUAAUGAAUUCCUAGAAUUAAACCAGAUUGGAGCAA